AUGUAUAUCAUCAUAAAGUCAACAAUGGCAGCAGCAGCAGCAGCAGCCUGGUUUCUCUUUGUUGGUGGCUUAGCAUUAACAUUUUCAGCUGAAGCUUUCUCUUCCAAUGACUCAGACAGUAGUACUCUCCUAAGUUUCAAGAAUUCAAUUUUUGGAGACCCUUCAAAUCUUCUCUCCACCUGGAACCUCACUACUAACCCUGAUUACUGCACCUGGUAUGGCGUCACCUGUCAAAAAUUUUCUAACACUACUACGGAAGUUGUAGCUUUGAGCCUCACUGGCACUUCCACUUCACGCCUUUCUGGAACUUUGCCGAAUUCCAUCGGAAACUUGCCUUACCUUCGAACUCUUAUUCUUUCUUACAACCAUUUUUCCGGUGAGAUCCCAGCUGGUAGUAUCGCCAAGCUUCGGUUCUUGGAGGUUUUGGAGCUUCAACGGAACAAUUUUUCAGGCAAGCUUCCUCAUCAGAUAAGCUCUGACCUUCACUCUCUUCGCUUCCUUAAUUUGUCUUUUAAUUCUUUCACUGGUGAUAUCCCUGCUACUUUGAUUGGUUUUGGAAAGUUGAGAGUUAUUGAUUUGUCGAAUAAUAGGCUGACUGGUGGAAUACGAUUUGCUAGUUCAUUUAAAUGCUUAUUUUUGAGGCACUUGAGGCUUUCUAAUAAUCUUUUGGAAAAUAACAUUCCAAAGGAGAUUGGUCAGUGCAAGAACUUGAGGACUUUGUUGCUUGAUGGGAACAUUCUACAAGGUCCCAUUCCAGCAGAGAUUGGACAGAUUUCGGAGCUUCGUGUUCUUGAUGUUUCUACUAACAGUUUGACUCAGACCAUCCCCAAGGAGUUGGGUUAUUGCCGGAAACUGUCUGUUCUUGUGUUGACUAAUUCAAGUAAUUUUGUUGGUAAUAAUGGGAGGACUAGUGGUAGCUUGGGUGAUUUUAGAUUAGAAUUCAACGCUUUUGAAGGGGGUAUUCCUCAGGAGGUGUUGAUGCUACCAAGUUUGCAGAUUUUGUGGGCGCCUAGGGCCAAUCUUGAUGGGCGGUUGCCUGAUAAUUGGAGUGAUUCGUGCGCGCUGAGAGCUUUGCAUUUGGGGCAGAAUUCUUUGAGAGGUGUUGUGCCAGAGGGGCUGGUGAUGUGCAAGAACCUUACUUUCUUGGAUCUGAGUUCUAAUUAUUUGACAGGCCUGCCUAUGCAGCUGCAAGUUCCCUGCAUGAUGUAUUUCAAUGUUAGUCAAAAUAACAUAUCCGGUGCUGUCCCAACUUUUGGAAAGGGCAGUUGUGAUACUUGCAUGAUCUCUUACGGUCAAGAUCCUAAUUUUUUUGAUAUAGAGGAUAUACAGAUUGCCUACUCUAACAUUCCUGUUUGGGGUUCUCAAAUGAAUACCCUUUUGGGGUCUAUGCCUGGUGCAGACUUCAUGAUUGUCCAUGAUUUCAGUUGGAAUCAAUUCGUCGGUUCAUUGCCCUUGUUAUCUGUGGGAGAAGAAUUCUUGGUGACCAAAAACAGAACUUCAUACAGAUUGUUUCUUAGUAGUAACAGGUUCAAUGGGUCUCUUCCUGGUAAACUCGUUUCAAACUGUAAUGAUCUGCUGAGCUUCUCUGUUAACUUGAGUGCGAACCAACUAUCAGGUGAGAUACCUGAUAUGCUUCUCAGUUGUCAACAGACAAGGGAAUUUGAAGCAGCAUACAAUGAGAUUAGUGGUUUUCUGUCUCCCAGUAUUGGCAAUUUGAGAAUGCUUCAAUGUUUUGACUUGAGAGGAAACAGACUCUCUGGUUCUCUCCCUAAUGAGUUGGGGAAUUUGAAGUUUCUGAAAUCAUUUCUUCUUGGAAUGAACAAUUUAACCGGAGAAAUUCCAUCUGAAUUUGGUCAAUUGUCCUCUCUUACAGUUUUGGAUCUUUCUCAUAAUGCUGUAACAGGAUCUAUACCUGCGAGUUUGACGAACGCCAAGAACCUUGAAACUGUGUUGCUCAAUAACAAUGGCCUUUCUGGGGAGAUACCUCCACCUUUUUCGACUAUUUCCAGUCUCAUUGUCCUUGACGUUUCUUUCAAUAACCUCUCUGGUCAUAUACACCAACUUCAACACCCAAUUGAUUGCGAGUGGUUUAGAGGGAAUGCUUAUUUGGAUAAGUGCUCUAAUCUAUCCUCUAACACACCACCUGGAGGGUUUCAGCUGUCACAUGGAGAUGAAAAAUGGCACAAUCACAGGAAAAAACCCUUUUUGAUAGCAGUGGUAACUUCUGCUUCAGUUGUACUCUGUGUAACAUUGGUAGUAGUUUUGUUCAGUUUUUAUGGGAAGAGGAAAUUUUGUACACUCUCUUGCUUGAGAGGGAGUAGACUCUCUAGCUUAAAGGGGAAAGUAGUUGUGACUUUUGCAGAUGCUCCGGCUGAAUUGACUUACGAUAGUGUGGUCAGAGCUACUGGGAAUUUCAGUAUCAGAAACCUGAUAGGUACAGGUGGUUUUGGGUCAACUUACAAAGCUGAAUUGGUCCCAGGUUACUUCAUAGCAGUAAAGAGGCUCUCCAUCGGCAGAUUUCAAGGCAUUCAGCAGUUUGAUGCAGAGAUCAGAACAUUGGGCAGAAUUCGACACAAGAACCUUGUGACUCUGAUUGGGUAUUAUGUGGCAGAGGCUGAAAUGUUCUUAAUUUACAACUAUCUUUCUGGUGGAAACCUUGAAACCUUCAUACAUGACAGGUUAGACGCAAAUGUACAAUGGUCAGUUAUUUACAAGAUAGCUCUCGACGUUGCACAAGCUCUAGCCUACCUCCACUACUCAUGUGUACCCCGCAUUCUUCAUCGAGACAUCAAGCCUAGUAACAUCCUGUUGGAUGAGGAGCUUAACGCCUAUCUGUCAGACUUUGGGUUGGCCAAACUUUUAGAAGUUUCUCAGACCCAUGCCACCACAGAUGUAGCAGGCACAUUUGGGUAUGUUGCACCAGAAUAUGCAACCACGUGCAGGGUAUCUGACAAGUCAGAUGUUUACAGCUUUGGGGUAGUGCUGUUAGAAUUGAUGUCAGGGAAGAAGUCCCUUGAUCCAUCAUUUUCUGAAUAUGGUAACGGUUUCAAUAUUGUUGCUUGGGCCAAGUUGUUGAUCAGGGAGGGACGCUCUUCAGAGCUCUUCUCUCCAGAACUGUGGGAAGCAGGACCUAAUGAGAAGUUGUUGGGAAUAUUAAAGCUUGCUUCAAGCUGUACAGUAGACUCACUUUCAGUGCGCCCAUCCAUGAAACAGGUCCUUGAAAAACUGAAACAGCUAAAAUCUUGA